UAUUAUUAAGACUCAUUCUACCGGGACGCAGGCUGAAGGCAGCAAGCACUUGGAUGCUUGCUUGCGUGGUUUAAGUCACCUUACGCUACAUUGCUGAAGUUGCCGAGAAGUUAACGAAGUCCUUAUUGCAUGCAAUUGCUGAUUAAUCACCUGAAGUUCAGAGGACACCCCACCUGGCCCCCGACCCCCCAAACCAAAAAUGUUAGCCCAAAAGUCCGCGCUCUCCCUAGUCGUCGCCACAGCGUUUGGCAGCCUCCUACUGGGAGUCCUGAUCGGCCAACACAGCAACUCCAUCCUCAGGGACGCCGAACCAUCCGAGAGUGAGGAGACACGACUUCCAGGAAGACAAUGAUGGGUGGACCCAUUUCCAGCGGCUGAUUCAAGACAAAUGGAGGGCGGAUAUCGAUUUCAACAAGGAAAUCAUCAACCUCGUCAACACCACCAACAUGGAGAAUGACUUGAGAGAGCUGAGCAGGAGACCGCACAUGGCGGGGACGGAGAGAGACGACGAAAUCGCCCGCAUGAUCCAAAGGAGAUUCGUCGAGUCGGGUUUCGACACGUCCGAACUCGUCCCUUACAGCGUGCUCCUCAGCUACCCCAAUCAGACGAACCCGAAUUUGAUCACAAUCACCGACGGCUCGAACAACGUCGUGUUCAGGAGCAAAUUCAAAGAGGAACCUUUACACGAAGACGACGAGGAUCCGGAAUUCGUCCACUCCUUCUCUGCUUACACUCCGCCAGGGGAUGUGAAGACCGCCCCGGGCGUGGGCGUGAUCUACGUCAACUAUGGGCGAGUGGAGGACUUCGACAAGCUGAAGGAGCUCGGGAUAGACGUCGCAGGCCACAUCGUCAUCGCCCGAUACGGCAAGAUCUUCCGCGGGAACAAGGUCAUUCACGCGGAGCAGCGCGGUGCCAAGGGAGUCAUUCUGUACUCAGACCCACGAGACGUGGCUCUCGAAGGAUGGGAGCCACAGGAGGUCUACCCCAACACUUUCUGGCUCCCUGGAAGUGGUAUGCAGAGAGGGGAAACUCUCCUGGUGGACGGAGACCCACUCACUCCUGGGUGGCCCUCGACAGAACAUGCUUACAGGAUCAACGAGGAAGACGCUGCUCUGCCAGGAAUCCCUUGCCAGCCGAUUGGGUACGGCGACGCGAGAGUCCUUUUAGAAAAGCUAGAUGGCCAGAAGGCCCCAAAGGACUGGAUAGGGGGUCUUUACGACGUGUCCUACAACCUGGGACCUCAGAUGAUGCCCGAAUUCGGGAACCACUCCAUUCGCCUGCAGACCAACAACUGGAGGAGGAUCACGAGGUCAUACAACGUCGUGGGCACCAUCAGGGGGGAGGUCGAGCCAGACCGGUACGUUUUGAUUGGCAACCACCGAGACGCCUGGGGCUACGGUGCAGUCGAUCCUUCGAGCGGCACUGUGCAGUUGCUGGAAACCGCCAGAGUCCUUGGGCAGCUCAUGAAGCAGGGGUGGCGCCCGAGACGCACGCUAGUCUUCUGCAGUUGGGGAGCCGAGGAAUUCGGUAUCAUCGGCUCGACCGAAUGGGUGCAGGAACACUUGGAGAAACUAGCGGAGCGAGCUGUGUUGUACAUCAACACUGACGUUUGUGCCUCUGGGCCUAUCAUGAACGUUCCCUCCAGCCCUCUGAUAUGGGAUGCUGUUCUGGAGGUCUCCAAAAUGGUUCCUGGCGUAAGAAAUGGAAAGACACUCUACGACGAAACGGCUGCUUAUCACGCCCUUCAGAAUAAAUCGGCCCCUGAGAUGGUAACACUGGGAGGAGGCAGCGACUACGCCCCGUUUUCGUUCUAUUGUGGAAUCCCAUCGCUAGACAUCUGGUUCAAAACAGACAGGAACAAGUAUGACAUUACCAUCUACCCAUCCUACCACACUGGAUACGAGACCUUCCACAUGAUGGCGAACCACAUUGAUCCAGGCUUAAGGAUCGUCCAGGGCUGCGGCAGAGUGGCCCUCCUGACCCUGAAGUACUUUGGAGACUCCGCCAUCCUUCCCUACAGCUUGGAGAGGUUCCCUGAAGCUGUCAAAAGAGCCCUGGGGCGCUUCAAGAACAGUGGCAGCAGGAACAAACUGGUUGAGAUAUACGAUAAGUACCCUCUUCUGGAAGAAUCCGUUGACAACUUUACUCUGGCAACAUCUGCCUUUGCCAGCAAGUUGAAGAACUUCAAAAACAACCUUCAAGACCCAAUUAUGAUCCGAGCCAUCAACGACCAGAUGAUGAAACUGGAACAGGUGUUUGUGUUACCUGCCGGUCUGCCUGGAAGGCCUGAGACCAGGCACGCCAUCUUUGCUCCCAGCCUGUUCGACGACUACGCCGUGUCCGGUUUUCCGGCGAUAGCGGAUCUCCUGUACGAAUACUACGCCCUUCCUCCUAAGGCCCGCCAGGGGAAAGGGAAGGAGAUCAUGAGACACAUCUCGGACCUGACGAUCCUUUUCCAGAAGGCAACGGGUCUCCUGGAAGACUUCCACAUUAUAUAGGCCUAGAUAGGUCUACUAGAUUUCGAUGUUAGACUCACAAGAGCAACUUUUCUAUCGUGUCUUUAAAAGACGGUUUUCCAAAUUGAAGCGAUGACGACCUUUUGGAUUCCUAUUCUAUCAAUAACUUAGGCUACUUUAUCCAAAGUCUGCCUAUUUACUAAAAUAACUUGCUCGUGUGACAUGUCUUUUAGAUUUUUAUUUAUUCUUAACAGACCUAGUUACAGUUUUUUUUUUUCUAAAAUCGAUGAGUAUCAUCGAUACUUUUCUUUUUAAUAUUAAGGACGCAGAUAUGUUCGUUAUCAGUAAAUAACGACUGUUGUGCUUUUCUAUUUAUUUGUUGUAUGUUAUUGAUUGGAAAAUAAAAUGCUGUGGACUAACCUCGUCCACAUUCAGAAAUAUG